UCAUCCACUCGAAUAGUUUUGUGGCAUAAACAACUCUAAUGUGUUGAUGAGACGAUUAUUCCAAAUAGUCAUUCUAUUGCAAGAGUCAUUUCAAUUUGAAUCAUCAUGUCGCCUGACGUGCAAAGAAAGCCCCGCAAGAACCCAUCCGAAUAUUCCACCAACCCAAACACUCAGCGCGCCCGUAUUCGCAAAGCAGGACUCUCCGAGUAUCAACGCCAGCUUGAACAAGCUAAAGCAUCUGAUUCCAAGGCAGUCACACGUGCUUGGAAAAUUCGAGCCGAAACCAAUGCAUUCAAGGUUGCAACAAAGGAUCAACAGGAAGCAGUUCUGGAAAGCGUCGAGCAGGAAGUUCUAGAGCGUCGUCGGCAGAAGGGGUUGGAUGCUGGUACUAAAAUGUCGCGUUUCAUGGAGAAAGUCGGCAGUUCCAAUAAUGGCAAUGCGGUUGCAUCUCCUGGUUCUGCGCCCUUGGCAUCUCAGAGUCCCGUCGCUUCAGCCAAUGUUGGCACUGGUAUCAGCGAACUCGUCGUUUUUGGUCCCCAUCCCGGGCCUCCCGCCACUUUCGAAUCUUUCCUAGGUUAUCAGGAGACGCCCAUUUUUUCUACGCGGCACAACAUCGGCGACGGUAGCGGUAUUGAUAACUAUAACGACCGCCCUGGACCUAUUCCUACCAUAGACCGUGCUGAAUCGCUCCAGAUUCGCGAAGCUAAUAUUCAUAACCCCUUCCUGCCCAAUCGCGAGUCACAUCAUGGUUACAUGAAUCCCCAGCAAGGUCUCAUUCCAGUAUCGAACAACAUUCAAUUUCAACAGGACUUAGCUGCUGCCGGAACAACCAACGCGGGACUCGAAGCCGAUCUCAAUUUGAAUCGUGAUCGAAUCGAAGACCUGAAGCAUCAGAUCAACGUCUUGAAUCGUGAUCUGGCUAUCGCUCAGUCAAAUAUCGCCGCUCUAGAGACUCGCAUGGGUCUAAUGAAUAGCAUCAUGGCUACUUGUGGUGAUGCAGAUGGCUGUCGUCGGAUCGCAGCAGGGUUCCAAGUUAUUGCCGACUUUGCUGUCGGGGUUGCCACCACACUGGACCAUAGUAAUGGUACAUCGGAUGCCGAGCGGGAUAGCGGUGUUGAAAGCACACCUUGAACCGGAUUAUAUGCGCCUUCAAAACCUUACCUCCUACGCCCCCGUGGGUUUGAUUUAUGUUUCUUCAGUUGAGAUACCUAAUGUCUUUUUCGGCAUUAUUGCAACGACUUUGUUCUAUGGGUUAGAAUUAUGAUAGUUACGUCUACUAUGAGGGUGGAUGUUAUAACAUGCUG